AUGGUGGACGACCUGUUGAAGCUCCCUUCCGGCACCCGCAUCCAGGUGCUGGCGCCGCUGCCGUGUACCGACCCCACCGAAUUCCAGCAACAGAUCGAGACGGUGAUCCGGGCCGGGUUCGUCCGCAUCAAGGUGGACGGGGAGGUCCUGGAGCUGGCCGACUGGGCCGGCUCGGCGUCACCCGGCGGAGCGGACCUGGCCGGCUCGGCCUCGCUGGGGCGAGCCGACUUGGCGGGCUCGGCUUCGCUGGCGCGAGCCGACUUGGUGGUGGACCGGCUGGCGAUGCGGGACGGCGUCGCCAAGCGGCUCGCCGAUUCCAUCGAGGUGGCCCUGAAGCACGGGGACGAGGUGGUGAAGAUCGACGCGCACGAUGCGCCCGCCACGGAGUCCCGCCGCUACACCCAGCGAUCCGCGUGUCUGGAGUGCGGCGCGCCGUUCCCCCAAACGGUGCCGCAACUCUUUUCCUUCAACAGCCCGCACGGCGCCUGCCCUUCCUGUAACGGCCUCGGCGUCCGGCCCCCGGGGCGCUCCCGUGGCGGCGCGGCUCCGGCGGACGCUUCCCCACGGCCUUGUCCCAAGUGCGCCGGCGCCCGGCUGCGGAGCGAGAGCCUUCAGGUACGGAUCAGCGGCAUGGACAUCGGGCAGGUGUCGGCCUUGUCCCUGAAUGACUUCAGCGGCUUUAUCGAAGACGUGGCCCUGGGUGACCGCGAGACCGCGGUCGCCGGCAACAUCCUCCGGGAGAUACGGGAGCGAACCGACACCCUGCUCGAGUUGGAGCUGGGAUAUCUGUCCCUCGGCCGGUCCUCCGACAGUCUGUCGGGAGGCGAGUGCCAGAGGAUCCGGCUUGCCGCCCACAUCGGCGCCCGGCUGUCAGGGGUGAUCUACGUGCUCGACGAACCCACCGACGCGGGCAACACGGUGCUGGUGGUGGAACACGACCGGGACGUCAUCAUGGCGGCGGAUCACGUCAUCGACAUGGGGCCGGGCGCCGGCGCCGCGGGCGGAGAAGUCGUCCUCGCCGCCGGGAGCGUGGACCACGUACGCCGGAGCCCCGCUUCCCGGACCGGGCCGUAUCUGGCCGAUGCCGGCCCGCCGGGGUCUCGGGCGCGCCGGACGGCGUCCGGCACUCUCUCGCUCCGGAAGGUCCGCCGCCACAACCUCAAGAACAUCGAUGUGGACUUCCCCAUCGGCCUCAUGACCUGUGUCACCGGCGUGUCCGGAUCGGGCAAGAGCAGCCUCGUGGGCAAAGCCGGCCGCACGGAGCGGCGCGGCCUCCGCCCGGUCUCCGGGCUCGAUGUCUUCGACCGGGUCCUCCACGUGGAUCAAGGCUCCAUCGGGCGCAGCGGCCGCUCCACCCCCGCCACCUACGGCGGACUCUUCGAUCCCUUGCGGAACCUUUUCGCGCGCCUCCCCGAGGCCCGGAUGCGGGGUUAUGGCCCCGGGCGCUUCUCCUACAACGCCGCGGGCGGGCGGUGCGAGGCCUGCCUCGGGGCCGGAACCGUGGAGAUCGAGAUGCAGUUUCUGCCGGACGUGUCGGUGGGGUGCGACGUUUGCGGCGGGCGGCGGUACAACCGGGAAACCUUGGAGAUCCAGUACAAGGGGGCCAGCAUCGCGGACGUUCUCGACCUCACGGUCACCGAAGCCCUGGACUUCCUGGGGAACGUACCGCUGGUGCGGCGGCGGCUCGACAGCAUGUGGCAAGUCGGACUGGGCUAUCUACGGCUGGGGCAGCCGGCCACCACCCUGUCCGGCGGGGAGGCCCAGCGCGUCAAGCUGGCCCGGGAGUUGGGAAAGAACUCCGCCGGCAAGGUGUUGUACCUUUUCGACGAACCCACCACCGGGCUGCACUUCGAGGAAGUGGACAGGCUGGUGGAGAUCCUGGACCGCCUGGUGGAAUCCGGCCAUACCGUCAUCGCCAUCGAGCACAAUCCGGAUUUCCUGAGAUGCGCCGACUACAUCGUGGACCUCGGACCCGAGGCGGCGAGAACGGCGGGUACGUGGUGGCCGCGGGCACCCCCGAAGAGAUCAUGGCGGUGGCCGGAUCCGCCCACCGUCAGUACCGCUUAA